ACACCUUCAUGUAAUAAAAAUCUUCCAUUUUGUUUUUUUUUUUUCGCAACUUAAAAUCUUCCAUUUUGUUAUUUCUACAACAUUGGUCGGAACUCGGAAGCAAAGGGUUGAGGAGAUAUACGACGUUGUGUGAUUGAUUGAAAGUUUCGAACUUUUGCGUCGUCGCCGUGUCGUAGUCUCUAGUUCUCUCGCAGGGCUUGUUGAAUUUUUGAGCUAGAGGAGAAGAGAAGAAGCCUAAACAGCAAACAAGCAUGGUGAUGGUGUCUAAUUCUAGCCAUCAUAACAAGGAAAUAAAUGUCAGAAGGAGAAUCUCUGCGAUAUACAAUAAGCGGGAAGAGGAUUUUUCAGCACUUAAGGACUACAAUGACUACUUGGAAGAAGUGGAGUGCAUGAUAUUCGAUUUGGUAGAUGGGAUCAAUGUUGGGGCUAUUGAGGAGAAGAUAAAGAGAUACUCUCAAGAGAAUGCUGAACAGAUCAUGGUUAAUCGAGCACGCAAGGCUGAGGAUUUAACUGCAGCCUUGGCGGCUUGCAAGUCCCAACCACCACAAACUGAUACUGAUACGUCAUCAAACCAUGGGACUGCGGCUGCAACUGCAUAUAGUCAAGCUCCACGACCAACGGGAAUGGGCCCACAACCAGUACCUAUAGGAGGAGGAGGAGGAGGAGCAGAUCAUCAAGGUUACUACUCUAUGGAAGACGAAGCAAUGUUGAGGGUCAAAGCGGAGAGAGCUAUACGUGCUGGAGGAUUUUCUUUGGAGAUAAGCAAGAAGAGGGCUUUUGAAGAAGCAUUUUCAUGCAUCUGGGUUUGAUUCUUCAAGAGAUUAUAGUUUUUAUCUUCAGGACUGUGAUCACCAUAUAAAUCAAUAUAUGUCACAAUCUCCCAACCCUGGUGCUGGUUUUGAUAACUUUGGAAGAAUUAAACAGUGCACAUUCUCUAUCACUCAAUGAGUCUCUUAACUUGUUCUU